AUGCGUCUUUCAACAGCAUUUUACUUGUCUGCAGCCUGUUACCUACUGGACGAGACUUUUGCUUGGGAUGAACAACCCCAGGGCUACGAAGUGAUCGAUGGUCCCAAUGGCUUUGAAGCAUUGGAAUCAUGGCGUCGUGUAUGGACCACAUGGAAGAACAUGGAGCUGUUUACGAAUCGAUACGAUCCACAAGAUUCCUGCAAUGUGUACAACAUCCAAGAACUUCAAUGGACGCAGCAGAAUUUCGUGCAGACGUUUCUCAUGAUGAACGACCGUUCUAUUUACGACCGUGAGACACAGCAAUAUACAGUGGAUAAGUACGUGGAAGAGAUGGAACAACGAGUUGGCACUAUUGAUAGUGUCCUAAUCUGGCCGGCAUACCCGAACAUUGGCAUUGAUAAUCGAAACCAAUGGGACCUUCUACGAGACCUCCCAGGUGGGGUUGAAGGAGUGAAGGGGGUGAUUGCCGAGUUUCAUCGUCGAGGAAUCCGGGUCAUUAUCCCAUACAAUCCCUGGGAUGUCGGCACACGUGAUGAGCCUGGACGGGAAGAUAUGGUGCGGAUGUACAAAGCAGACAUUGCUACACUGAAUGAAAUAAUCCCUCAACUACAAGCUGAUGGCUUUAAUGGCGACACCAUGUACGGUGUCCCCAAGUCCUUUUACAACUGCAGCAAACCAUUGGUUGCAUCUCCGGAGGGUGGUGUGCCUACAGCGUACUUGAGCCACAACCCGAUCAGUUGGGGAUACUUUUACGGCUACUCAAACUUUCCACCAGUGGCACGUGCCAAAUUUCUCGACUCGAGACACAUGGUGCAGAUCUGUGCACGCUGGUCGCUUGAUAGAACCGCAGAGUUGCAGACUGCUUUCUUCAAUGGGGCAGGUUAUGUGGUCUGGGAGAAUGUGUGGGGUAUUUGGAAUGCGAUGACCGAGCGUGAAGAUGAGACCGCCAAGAGAAUGUUUGCAAUCCUUCGCAAGUUCGGACACAUUGUUUCCACUGGACAGUGGACUCCGUACUAUGCAAUGAAAGAUGAUGGAGUGUUUGCAAGCGCCUUCUCUCUUCAGAAAAGUGAGGAAUCACUUUACACAGUGAUCAGCACUGUAGUGGAGGAGGAAGUAACAUAUGACUUGGUGCUCACUGAACAGCAGUCUGGCAACGAUGUUCGCGUGUAUGACGUCUACCGCGGAGUAGAAUUGAAGAAACAAAAAGGAAGAAACGGCACGGCUAGCUCAGUCGUGACAGUGACUUUAGAACCUCGAGGAUUUGGAGCAAUCUAUGUUACAAAAUCUCCCGAAUCUGACAAUGACUUGCGUCAGUAUCUCGAGAAGAUGGGAGCCAUGACCACCACUCCACUGUCGAAAUACUCUACAACGAGACACUUGCUUCAACAGCAGCUUGUUUCCAGUAACACUUUGAAUGUACCGAAAGAAACGAGCACCGAUGAUAUGGUGCUUGUGUCUGGAGCCUCAAACUGGUGGUUUAACGUUAGUGGCGUGCAGAUUGAGCCCGUGUCAGAAUGGACGCCAAACUUCGCGCAAUUUGGAACGGGAGUGCAAUUUCCAUGGGAAAACCGUCCGUGGAACAAUCACUCGACGAGAUUGUCCAUCGAGGACUUUAUGAUCGACAGAUAUCCCGUGACCAACGCGCAAUACAGAGUUUUCCUGAAGUCGAGUGGCUACAGUCCCAAGUCGUUGAAUCGCUUCUUGUUGCAUUGGAAUGAUCGUAUAGGCUCUCCAGCAUCAUGGAGCAUUCCUGUUGGUCUGGAACAAAGUCCUGUCGUAAACGUUGCCCACGAGGAUGCUAUGGCUUACGCGGACUAUUACGGCAAGCGCCUUCCGCACGACUGGGAGAUGCAGUAUGUUGCUUCCAACGGAUUGAAUUACGAUGCUUAUCCGUGGGGAUCCAAGUUGGACAGAACGAGACUACCCAAAGUCGUUUAUGGUAAGGAAUUGCCGACGCUGAGCCCCGUGGGCUCUUACAAGAAUUCACGUUCAACCAAGUUUUUCGUGGAAGACCUUGUCGGGUACGUGUGGCAGAUGACGGAUCAAUUUUGCGACUCUCAUACGUGUGGGCUUCUUCUUCGAGGAGGAAGCAGCUACCAACCGAUCUCCGCUACACUCGGUGACCCGAAUUGGUACUUUCCACAAGCUUUGAGUGCCCAGCAACAUAAUCGUUUCAUCAUGUUCAGCGAAGUGUAUGAUCGAUCGCCAAUGGUAGGCUUUCGUUGUGCGAAGAGCAUCCGUUAA